AGUGAGCAUGUGCGCUGCGGGCAGCACGCGCUCGCAGGAGAUCGAGGAACUGGAGCGCUUCAUCGACUCCUACGUGCUGGAGUACCAGGGCGAGGCCGUCACCGACGGGGACAAGACACAGGUCUCCCAGGUGAGCACGCUUAGGAGGACGCAAGACAAAGUAGCGAUGGCGGCCACUGAGGCUGUUGAGGUUCGGCAAAACGCUAGCCCAAUGUCUACAGGCCUUGUCUGGACUGAAAUAAAAAUGGACUUGGCUUCGAUUGAGAAACUUAUCUCAGUCGUUCUACAACAACAAGCAGAUCUUGGUGCACGGCUUACCUCGCUUGAUUAUCCGCCACUACCUGGGCCUUCCACGGAUGUCUCCAUGACCCCCGCCCCGGGUAGCUCUGCCUGGUCUACGGUAGCUGCUGGCAAGUCUCGCCGCCGCCCUCCUCCUGUCGCGGCGUGUCGGACUGGGGCUGUUUCGGAUCUAGUGCUCCACAACUCCUUUGCUCCUCUUGCUGAUCUCCCUACGUCGCCUGCCCCACGUCGGAGUGGAUCUGGAUGUCCGGAUGAACAGGGCAGCGAAUCUUGCCCCUCGCCUGCUAUCCAGCCAGGCCAUCCAUCACCGCGCCAACAUGUAGCUCGCAAAGCUACCUCCAAGCGCAACAGGUCCGCAGACAGCGACGGCUCGAGUCCAGAGCGCGUUUCUGAUAAGCGGCUCAGGCCAGGCCAUCCAUCACCGCGUCAACAUGUAGCUCGCAAAGUUACCUCCAAGCGCAACAGGUCUGCAGACAGCGACGGCUCGAGUCCAGAGCGCGUUUCUGAUAAGCGGCUCAGAAUCUCUUCUCCAACGAUGGCCGCAGCAGAUUGCAUGGCCUCUACAUCUCCAACAGCGGAUAGCUUGUCAAGCCAUCGGGCUACUGCGAUGCCUCUGUUGGCUAAUGAUGCUGGUGUCGUUAGCUUGUGUAGCCCGUGUCAAACACCACCGGCGUUGUCCACGGCUGACAGCGUCCCUCAGCGUCCAGAUGGUCUACAACUUCCUCCUCGCACCUCUAUACACUUUAACCGCGAUGUUCAAUGCCCUCCUGAAAUUCUCAUUGUUGGUGAUUCGAUUGUCAGAGAUCUGAUUAUUCCUAGUGCUAUCACGUACUGUAUCCCGGGAGGAAGGGUUAUUGACAUCUCUCAUCUCAUUCCGUCUCUAUUGAACAGACAUUCUUCCGUAAACACUGUCAUUGCUCACGUGGGGACAAAUGACGUCAUGGCCCGGAACUCUGUGAAGCUACAGAAUGAGCUGGAGACGUUAUGUCUCACUGUUGAAAGCCUCGGGAAACGCUGCAUAAUGUCAGGCCCUAUCCCACUUAGCUCCAGUAAUUCAGAGCGUUUCAGCAGAUUGCAUAGUCUCCAUACCUGGCUGAAACAAUUCUGCAAUCUAGCUGGUCAUGAUUUUAUUGCUAAUUUUGAUAUAUUCUGGACCAAAUCAUUUUUAUAUAGAUCUGAUGGGGUGCAUCCAAACAAACUGGGCCUACUAGAGCUAACCACCAACUUUAUUCAGUUCAUUGCUUUCAGCACACCUUGA